AUGAAGGAGUAUAACAGACAUUAUGGUGUAGUAGCAUUUAAUAGGUCAGGCAAAGCUUUUGAAAGGCAACCUUUUGAAUAUUUCUUCACUGAGAGAAGAAAAGUUUAUCCAUUUUGGGAAGAUGCUCGAAAAAUAAAAGGAUAUUAUAUUGAAAAGCUAAAAGAAUAUCAAAUUAACGAAAUUGUCAAAUAUAUUUGUAAAAUCAUAUGCUAUGCGGAUUUGAAAAAGAAUGUUUCUAUUUUAUCCGGAAUCAUUGAUCUUCGUUUUUCAACACAAUUAAAAUUUCAUCUCAUAGGAAGAGGAUUGUGGAAUGAUGUCAACAAAGGAAUAAAAUUAAAAAAGAUUCCUGAAGAAUACGAAAAAUUUAUACGACGCAUUAUUGAGAAUGAUGAUGAUAGAAUAUCAUGGACAAUUGCACAAUAUCAUCUACUUUAUAUGAGAGGGGUCUGCAAAAAAGGAGACUUUUAUUGUUACAUGUCUAGUCACCAAAUUAUUAAUGACAGAAGAUUUAGACAUGAGCUCUUUUUUGGAAAAACUUCAUACGGGCCUAAUAGACCAAAAAAUGCAACUCACAUAGAAGAAGAUAAAAUUCGACUAAUGAAAAUUGGAAAUACUUUCUUUAAUUCCUAUUUUAAAUAUAAACAUGACUUUAAUGAAAGAUAUUUCAAUGGGUUACAAUUUAACAUUAUCGAUUAUGCAAGACCAAAUUUAUUAAGUGAAACGCAAAUUUUGAUAAAAAUAUUGUAUAAUUUUCACUAUAUAUUAAAAGAGAUGGUUAUAUUUAUGGAUCAUAUGGAUAAAACUGCCCGAUAUGAUGGGCAAAAGACUCCCGAUUCGAA